GAAAGUGGCAUAAAAAUAAAUUCAAAAUUUUUGUAUACACAACGUAACACGCCCACACACGACGUUCCUGUCAUACAACCGCCCACUAUAAAAUCAAAUACCUUUUUAGUUUCGGAUAACCAACUCUCAAAUUACUGUGCAACUCGAACUUUCCAUGUUUCCCAACUAUUGCUUUAAGAAGAGUGCCGAGGACUUGGGCUAUGAGGUGCUAUUUCUGCCAAAGCUGCGAUAUGACAGCGAGUCCCACUGCAACUCGCGCUGCCGGCUGCGCUCCAAGUCACACACACGUAACUGCGCCAAAAUGCACUGCAAUGAUUUGAUCUCAUUGCAAGCGCUGCGCGAGCACACGGAGCGCGUGCGUCAGUCCCAGUUGACUGAGAGCAAUCACAGUCCGGAGCCCAACAGCGUGCCACGCAAUAUAGAGUUUCGUUUGCCACCCAACGAUCAGCAGCAGGAGCAGUCAGCACGCGAAGCUGCUGGCCAAGAGCCGUCAAGCGAAACUUUAGCCGCGGGCAAGUCCAGCGAGCAGAUUGAUGCAAAUCAGGAAUUGCAAGACUCCUGCGCAGACUUUUUCAAUAUCAUAUACGAAAAUGUAUUGGAGGCCGUGCACGGAGCCAUUGAGAAUAUGGUGAGCAAACACUUUCAGUGCAUUCUUAGCAAGGUGGAUCAACUUACAGUCGACAUGUUGCAUCAGGACACGCUUCUCAAUUCAAUGAACAAGGACUUAACAGCGAAAAUUGCGGAGCAAACUGACACAAGCAUUAAUCAAUUCAAGUUCAUAGCGCAGAUGCUCAUCGAUAGCCAAACAAUUUUUUAUCGCGCGCUCAAUCAACAGAAGCGCUCCAAGCAACGCAAGGAAGACCGUGACACGCGUGAAGAGCUGUGCUCUAAGACUAGCGAAGCCACUAGCCAAUCAACUCCUAUACCCAACUCUGUGCCUUCUGUGCGGCAGCAUCAGUUGUGGGAGCAGCAAGACUUGAACUUUUAUCAUACACAGGUCAACGGCAACGGCAUCAACAACAGCAGCAGCAGUAGAGCAGACAAGCCAAAAUCAGAUUGCAAGCCAUCGAGCAUGCGUCGCACGCCCAAGGGCGUAAGCACAGCCAGCAUGCCCGAACUGCAUAGACGCAUCUCCUUAAUGUCCACAACAGUUCACAAGCUGAAGCAGUCGCAGUGUACGCGCUCACCCACACCCUCCUUCUGGACGCCCACGCAGUGCAGCUCAGCAGGCCGUAAGUCUCGUUGUCAGUGCGGCUCGCCCGCACGUUCGCCAGACAAUCAUUAUCCCAAUAUCUGCAGCUCCACAGCGCCACGUGGACUGAGACUACGCAGCUAAUUUGGUACCACUGAGAUCGCAGUUACUUUUAAAAUUAACUUUUGCUGCUACUGCUUGCCAACUAGCUAUAACUGCCAAGUGUGUGUGCUUCAGAGCAGGAGACACACACAGUUGGCAGUCCUAGCUGGCCGGCACUGGUAGACAAAGUAAUAGACACAAAAUUGUAAUUCUGUUAUAAAUUGAUUGUCGCGACAAGUUUUAUAAACUUUAUAUAAAUUGCA